GCAGAAGAUCUCUACUUUCUCCAGCGUAUGUGGACAGCUCAAAAUGGGAAAAGAGAAAAAAAGAGGAGCAUAGCCUGGGUUUAAUCAGCUUUCAUUUUAUCGUGAUUCUUACACCAGUGCUGAUGGAUAAGUGCUUCAUGUUGCCUUCCAUGCUAAAGUUUUGAUGGAGCGUUCCAGCUUUUCAGACAGCACAAAAGCUGAAUUAGCCACCUUAAUGGACAGAACCUAUGAAAGAAAACUGCCUGUCAGCUCUUUGACAAUAGCCCGGUUUGUUGAUAACAUUUCUUCACGAGAGGAGGUGGAUCAAGCCGAAUAUUACCUUUACAAGUUUCGGCAUAGUCCAAAUUGCUGGUAUUUGAGAGACUGGACUAUCCACAGCUGGAUCAGACAGUGCUUAAAAUACAAUGCAGAAGACAAAGCGCUGUACACUUUAAAAAACAAGGUUCAAUAUGGAAUUUUCCCAGAUAAUUUUACAUUCAAUAUUUUGUUGGAUUGUUUUAUAAAACAGAAGAAAUACGAAGAAGCUGUGUCAGUAGUAACAGAGAUCAUGCUGCAAGAAAGUUUUGAUGAAUUCUCAACACAGCUUCUUUCUCUCUAUGUCUUAUACCAAUACCUGGCAACCAAGUCUGAACAUACGUGGGAAGAGGAGAGAAAUCUUGGUGCAUCAUUGGUGCUUACAGGUCUAAAGCAAACAAGCACUGUGGGUUUUAGCUCCCAGCUGUAUGGCUAUGCGUUCCUUGGGAAAGUGGAGUUGAAUAAAGGGCUAAGAGCUGUAUACAAUCUAAUGCCACUGAUGUGGACACCUGGAUACUUGAAUAGAGCCUUGCAAGUGAUGGAGAAUGUAGCUUCAUUGUCAGGGGACAGCAAAAUCUGCAAAGAAGCUCUUGAUAUUGUGGAGACCAUUUUGCAGUCUGCCCUUGAAGCAAAACCUGAUCCAGAACCAUCAGAAGAAGUCAAUAAAUUAGAGCAGAAGUCACAGUGUACAGAGUCAGAAGAAACUGAGCAGUCUAAAAUACCUGAUUACUACAACCAAUUCAAGGAGCUGUACUCUAAGCUGCAUUCACUUGGCAAGGUUGAAUCUGAAAGCCUGUUAACCCUGACCACCCAACUUGUCAAGGAAAAGCUGCCAGCAUGUGAAGUGGAAGACAUUGCAAAACAUGAGCAGAAGCUAAAGGAGUGGGAGCAAGAACAAGCACUUCUUACUGAGAGAGAAAGAGAGAUGAGAGAAAAGGCUAAGCAGGAACUGGAAGCUCGGAAGCUAGCUAACACAUCUGUUUAAUACUGGAACUCAAAGACUAAUGUUACACAUUCUUCUGGUAAUAAACUUAAGUGCUCACUGUUAUUAAUACCUCAUUUUAAUCCUGCUGCAAACGUGUCUUUAUGUGACUAUUUACUAUACGCAAAUUAAACUAUUUCCAUUUUGCCUGUU